AUGCGGACGUGGCUACAAGGGGCGACGGACAUUGGAUUCUCGGACAUGAUGUGCAAUCCGCGGCUGUACAUGGAUUCGAUCAACAUGGUCCCCAACAAGACGUGCAACUACACGGACACGUUGAUCAGCAUCAAGCCUUGGCCGGAAGACGACGACUUCAACAAGCACAAGCUCUCGGCGGACGUUGACGGCACCAUACCCAGCGCACAGUGGCUGAACCUGCUGAACGGGGGCACGGUGCCGAUCAAAGCGACGCUCCUUGCCGAAUGGCACGACGACCGCCUGCAGCCGUGGGUGCACUACGUGCCGAUGGACAUGUCCUUUAUUGACGUGUACGGUCUCCUGGACUACUUUAUCAAGCCCAAGAACCACAAUUACGACGACUACGACCAGACGUCGCAGCGGAUUGCCGAGGAGGGCGCUGCCUGGGCCGCGAAAUGGCUGCGGCGCGAAGACAUGCGGCUGUACACAUGGCGGCUGCUCCUCGAGUAUGCACGGCUGAUGGACGACCAGCGCGAGCGCAUGGGCUAUGUGGGCGACCUCAUGGACCGGGCCAAGGAGGGCCAUGGCUAG